GUACUCUUCCACACCAACAUAACACAUAAUGUCAGACAAGGAACUCCUAGCACAGAUUGCACAGGUCGCAGGUGCCAUCAACAAGCAUAUGCAUUCUCCAGCUGCGCACGGAUACUCAACGCACAAUGUUGCACGCGGAGGAGGAUAUGCAGGAAGAGGCCGCAGCCGUGGGAGGGGAGGUGUAACAGUACCUAUUGGAUCUUUCAAUAGGAAACUGACCCUUAAUAACGCUACAGCUACUCCUUCACCACCUGCGUCCCCAGUCAUUAUUCCACGCCCGCUUUCAAGUCCUAUGUCCAAGUCUAUGUCUAUGGUAAAUCCGAUAAAGUCUUUCAUGCGUCCUCCUAUGCCUUCUCGCCAUCUUGCUUUGAUAAAUAACAGUAAGACAACAGGAACUACAGAACUUUCCGGAACUUCGUCGCUGUCACCUUCAGGGUUAGCUACCAGCCCAUUUAUUGCAAGAUCAACAUCUUUAGCAUCGACACCAUCAACGUCGUCGACGUCAACAUCCGCUCUGGCAUCACCUGCUGCAAGUCCCUCGACGCCGGCGCUUACUCCUACCGCAAGUCCAAAAAUUCAACAGCAGCAACUCCCUCAACAACAACAACAACAACAAUGGAUUCAGUCAAAAGGCAAGAACAUGUCAUUAAUGAGUCCGGCUUCUUACAAAAAGACUAUGGAAGCUAAGCAAAAGUCAAUCAAGUCCUCAAAGGAAAAGAAACUUAAACUAAGGCAAGCUCAAGCCAAGUUGGCAAAUGAACGUCGCAGUGGUAUUGUCACUGUUGGUGGCAAGCAGUACAAGAAAAGCCUUGAUGGGCGGAAAUUAGUCAUGCGGGAUACGUCACAGGAUUCUAUUGUCAUCAAUGGUGUGGCAUUCGAGAUGGAUCCUAGGGGAAAUAAAUUAGUCCGAAAGUCAGGAACAUCAACUUCUGAUUCAUCAGUGCCUUCACCUUCUACUGCUGUAACUCUGCCCAAAAAGGCUACGUCAGCUAAUACAGUCGCAUCAGGAAUACAUGGAGCGACACCAAAGCAAUUCUCGAUAGGGGGUGUUAUCUAUGUACGUACUAGAAAUGGAAAUCUGGUCCGUGCAAAACUAGUCGAGAACAAAUUGCGCAAGAAACGGGUUACACAAGAACAAUUGAAACAGAAAAGUAAAAAAGUAUCGGUUCCCAAGAAACCUCGGGCAUUCUGCAAGUUCUUCACUCGGUUUGGUCGAUGUUCCAAGGGGUUUACAUGUCCGUUCGUACAUUCCAAAACGCAUCUUGCGAUUUGCAAAAAGUUUCUUCGUGGUACAUGUCCCAAUACAGCCAAUACCUGUUAUCUUUCUCAUACACCUUCUCCACAUAAUACCCCUGCAUGUGCUCAUUUUCAACGUGCGGCAUGUAACAAGGAUAAUUGUCUCUAUCCCCACAUCAGAAUUAACCCACAGGCACCCAUUUGUAGACCGUUUGCAAAGGAAGGGUGGUGUGAUGCAGGAGCCAACUGUAAGGAUCGUCAUGUCUGGAUUUGUCCUGACUUUGGGACUCCGGCUGGCUGCACGAAAAAGUGCGGGCUUGCUCAUGUAGCCAACGGAGGUCUCAGGGUGAAGAGGAAUGCAGAAGAGAUGGGGAAAGAGACAGAUAAUAACGGCGAUGACAACAAGAGGAGGCGUAUGGAUUCUGACCAACGCUACAAAUCUGUGAGACGCUAUAUGGAAGGCUCUCAGGAAAAUCAGGAAGUAAAGGAUACAUUGGAAACAAAGAAGCUUGUGUAUGAUGAAAACUUUGUACCGUUUGAUGCUGAUGAGGAAACUGAAGAGGUUCAGGAUAUGAGCGAACAAGAUGAAAAUGAGGUGAUGGGUGACUUUGAAGGUAAUCAAGAGGGUGAAGAGGAUGAAGAGGAUGAUGAAGAGGAUAUAAGCAGCGAUGAAGUUGGAGAAAGCGAUGAGGAGGUCGAGAGCGAGGACGUAGAGGAAGACGAAGACGAUUUUGAAGAUGACAUAGAAGACGAAGAAGAGGAGAAGAGACAGACUAGCAUCUCUGAAAUGGAGUGUGACAAGGAGGAAGAGGAGGAGGAUGAGAAUGAGAACGAGGAUGAGAACGAGGAUGCAGAUUUCCAUGGCGAGCUUCAAAGAUUCUACGACGAGCAAGACAGUGACAGCCGUGAUUAUUACUAACCUAGUGAUCCAUCCUAAUGAUUCUCACCAGCCAUGUGAGGGUCGUACCUAAUUCAAGCACUUGUAUAUUUUGUAUUAUGCGGCUCUCACCUGUAUUGCUGUGUUUCAUUGUAGACUACCAUAGCAUUAUGCAUUCACGCGUUUAUUAUUAAAAAAGCAAUUUAGCAAAU